AUGACUGGUACUGCCACCGGUGGACAUGGGUCGCCUGAACCCGAACCUCUCUUGACUUCAAGCUCAACCUCGCCUAGCAAUGAAACUUCUGACACAAAGACCGUGGGAUCUUCAAGUGCACCUUCUACACCCUCUUCCUCAGAAUCAUCACCAGCAGACCAGAACAAGAGGACGAAUCUGUUUGGCCGAAUCUUUUGCCGCAAAGGAAAGGGCUUGAAGAAUCUACUCGCUCAAGAUGUGGAGACUCAACGACGAGCCGGGGAGGAGAAAAAAGAACGUGCAAUAAAGUGGAAACGGGUUGGAGAUGAUAGAAUGGGUGUUGCGAAAUUCGGAACUAGUGAAAACGAGGCACAAGAAGAUCAAGACACCAACAAUCCACCCAAAGCGGGGGAGAAGAACACCAAACAUCAGUACCUUAGUGGAAUUUUGUAUGGCUUCGACCCGAAUGCUGGCAAGUUACAAGUGAACCAUGGUCAUCAGGUUUCGCAUGAGGACGAAGCGGGGGCCGACGAGUUAUCGCCACAACCCUCCGAGACUUCGGAAUCGAAGCGCCGACGCGGCGAGACGUGGGGAGUUGACCACAAUAAACCUGGCAUGCGUGAUCGAUUUAGGGGACACAGGCAUGGAGGUGAUGAUGUUGAAAACGGCACCUCGUUUUGA